GCAGCGCUGCGCAUACUUCCUGGUUACAGAUUGGGGAAACAAGAACAUUUUCGCACAAUUCGGGAAAUUUCUUUCUAAGUAUUUGUUGAAUCUCCUGUAACUUUAUACAGACGGCACAAAUAUAUCAGGAAGUUUAUUUAUAAUCGUUUUAAAACAGUCAUGAACCGAUGGUCACUUAGAAAUGAAUGACUGAUGGGAAAAAGUGUGGACGUGAACGUUAUAGCGGCCAAUUGAAGGACAGCUGCAUCAAGCCACUUAUCUCAAUUAAACCUUAGGCCAUUGUGGAAGCACCACACAUACCUGUCUGGACAUUAAAGAUCUCAGCUGUCUGAGAGCCAAAAUGACUGUGUCAAACUGGGGUCUAAUCAUGAACGUUGUAAACAGCAUUGUGGGUGUGAGUGUCUUGACGAUGCCCUUCUGCUUCAAACAGUGUGGAAUUGUAUUGGGUACAUUGUUGUUGUUCUUCUGUUCGUGGAUGACCCACCAGUCCUGCAUGUUUAUAGUCCACUCGGCCAGUAACACAAAACGCAGGACUUACGCUGGACUAGCUUUUCAUGCUUAUGGAAAACCAGGCAAGGCACUUGUGGAAUUAAGCAUGAUUGGCCUCAUGUUGGGGACAUGUAUUGCUUUCUAUGUCGUCAUCGCAGAUCUGGGUUCCAACUUCUUUGCUCAGCUGCUUGGGCUGGAGGUGACACGUAGCUUCCGUAUCGUGUUACUGAUCGCUGUGUCGCUGUUCAUUGUGCUGCCGCUCAGCUUGCAAAGAAACAUGAUGUCAUCAAUCCAGUCGUUUUCAGCCAUGGCACUUAUCUUCUACACACUCUUCAUGUUCACGAUUGUGCUCUCCUCCUUCAAACAUGGCCUCCUCACUGGCCAGUGGCUGAACAAGGUCAUUUACAUUCGGUGGGACGGCGUCUUUCGCUGCAUCCCUAUCUGUGGCAUGGCAUUUGCCUGUCAGUCGCAAGUAUUGCCCACUUACGACAGCCUGGAUGAGCCCUCGGUGAAGAGAAUGAGCACAAUAUUCACCUCCUCGCUCAACGUGGUCACAACCUUCUACAUCACAGUUGGGUUCUUUGGUUAUGUGAGCUUCACAGAUAACAUUGCCGGGAACGUACUGAUGAACUUUCCAUCUAACCUGGUAACGGAAAUGAUCCGUGUGGGCUUCAUGAUGUCUGUGGCUGUGGGCUUUCCUAUGAUGAUCCUGCCCUGCAGACAGGCUAUCAACACUAUGCUAUUCGAGCAGCAGCAAAAGGAUGGCACCUUCGCCGCAGGUGGGUAUAUGCCACCACUUCGCUUCAAGAGCAUCACUCUUUGCAUUGUUUUUGGCACCAUGUUGGGCGGCAUCCUCAUUCCUAAUGUGGAGACCAUCCUGGGUUUGACUGGAGCCACCAUGGGCAGUCUGAUCUGCUUCAUCUGCCCAGCUCUCAUCUACAAGAAGAUCAUGAAGAACGCCUGGACUGCACAGCUGGUUCUGUGGGUCGGUCUCGGCAUCCUGCUCAUCAGUACCUUCACCACGCUGUCCAUUUCCUCCAACGAGCCACAGAAAUUAAUUCCCCCUCCGGAUGUCCCUGCAAAAACUGAGGACAAGCCUCCCAUCCUUGUUGCCCAUGAGUUGCCUAAAGGACCAGUGCAAGAGAAUAGACUGGAACCUGAUCUAGGAGAGAAGCCAGAUAGGCCACCAAUUGAGGUUGAACAGCCAGUAGAGAAGGCAGCAGCAGAGCCCCCUCAAAUUAAAGUUCCUGUGGAAGUGGCUGAGCGAAAGGAUGAGGAGGAAAAGGUUCAGCUGGACCGCCCUGAAGCAGGUGUUGCGGUCCCAGAUGGGGAAGCCCAUCGCCAUGAGCCGCCCAUCCCUCAUGACCGAGUUCAGAUAGAUGAGAUCAAAAACCAGGAGGAACUAGAUGAGGACGAAAAGAAACAACCUAUAGUUGUGGAAGAAGAAAAGAAACUACCUGCCGGAGAGGAGGAGGAGCUUCUUGCUGAGCAGGGGGCGGGGCAAGCACAAGAGUUGGAAGCUGUAAAAGAGGAGGAGUCAAAAAAAGAUGCGGUGAAAAGGGAUGUCGAUCAUGACCAGCAUGCAGUUAAUGAAGUGUUGGACAAGGCAAAAAAUUCAGAGGAUCUGAAGAACGUCGAGCCCUUGGUGGUCCAUAAAGAACCAGACAACCUGCCUGAAUUGAAAGAACAGCAUGAUGAGAAUGAAGCGCACCAAGAGAAGAAGCCAGAGGAGAUGGACAAAGCCCCUGAACCCCAGGGUGAGAAAUUGAAGGAGAAGUUUCUGGUGCAGGAGCACAAGGAACAGAAGGUUCCAGAUGGAAAGGAUGUAGGGGCGGACAAGGAUGGAGAUGGGGACAAGAUGGAAGUGAUUAAAAAGAUUGUUGCAGAGGGUCAGUUGGACCACGCUGUGCUGCUCCAGGUAAUUAAGGAGCAGCAGGAACAGCAGAAAAGACUUCUGGACCAACAGGAAAAACUCCUGGCUGUGAUUGAGGAGCAACACAAGGAGAUCCACCAAAUUAAGGAGGGAGAAGAAGAACCAAAGGCAGUCGAACAGCAGAAAAGACAUGUGGACCAUGAAGAAAAACACUUAGAUGUGAAUGAGGAGGUCCAUCAAGUAAAGGAAGGAGAAGAUGAGCCAAAGGCAGCAGCAGGAGAGGGUGUAGGUGAGUUGGGGAACAUUGUGCUGAAGGAGAUCGAAGGGAUGGAAGGGGCAGUGAAGCCUAUAGUUACCGCUGUCGCUCCAGACCAAUUCCAGCAGCCCCAGGGAGAGACAAAGCAUGUAGCUGCAGCUGUCGCAGGGCCUGAAGACCCAGAAGCAAAAGAAGCUGAAGUCGUAGUCGGUCUUCCCAACAAUGCCCUUGAAGCGGUGCAAGAUGGAGGUGUUAAAGUUCCCAAGAAGGAGGAGCUGGAGCUAAACAACCAAGCAGGGCAUGAUGGAGCACUACCUCCAGACGUCGGUGCCCGAGGUGUUCCUCUGCGUCCUCGAGAACCAGAACCAGCCAGAAUCAAUCCUGACACUCUUCCAGAAGAGGAGGAGAGAGUGAGGCAGAAAUUGGCCCACCUGGAGGCGGAGAAGGAGAGAAUAGAGAAGGAAAAGUUGGAGAAGGAAAGGAUUGAGAAAGAGGUGCAGGCCCGUGUCGAGAAGGAGCGGAAGGAACGAGAAAGAAGAGAGGAACUGGCACGUGAGCAGGAGCUAGAACGUGUGCGGCAGCAAAAGGAACAGCUAGAGAAGGAAAGGCUUGAAGCGGAGAGGUUGAAACUUGAAAGAGAGAAGAUGGAUAAAGAGAUCAUGGAGCGUGCCGAGAAGGAGAAAAGAUUGUUGGAGCAGAAGGAGCAGCUAGACCAGCUGCAGCAGGUCAUCGAUGCGCGACAGGGUAAGGGAAGUCUUGAGGAUGAGAGUUUGAAACGGGAAAGAGAGAAGACUGAUAAAGAGAUCAUGGAGCGUGCCGAGAAAGAGAAAAGGAUACUCGAGCAGAAAGAACAACUAGACAAACUACAGCAGGUCAUUGACGCAAAGAAGGAUGGUGAUGCCCCCAAAGCAGGAGAAGCCCUGCCAAUGCCUAAGCAAAAAGGAGGCAGGGACUUGAAGGAGAAUAUAGUUCCACCAGAAGAGGAGAAGAAAGAGGAAAAGAGGAGCAGAGAGGAUGGAGGGCUGGACCUUAAGAGGAGACGCAGAGCUGUGGACCCUGAGGGCGGAGGAGGUGCUGACCUGGAUCUUCUGCAGGACGUAGGAGGCUUAGACUUACACGCUGACCUAAAGGGGCAGCUCCUGGUGGGACCUCUGAUUCACAUGCGCCAGCUUAAACAGAUGUUUCAGAGGCAGGAGAAUGAAGACUAGAGUAGGUUGUUCCAGAAUUACAACCUCUGGAACCCAAUGAACCUCUCAAAAACAAACAUGAUCUUGCAGUGAGAAGAAUCUCUUUCCUCUUCAUUUUAAAAGUAGAUGCCUUUAUCUAAGACACAACAUUCCUUUUGGGUUCGUGUUGACAGUGGGCACUUUGAUUUGAUCCUUUAGUUGUCCGCCGGGAACGCUGGAUCCAUAAUCUCUUAUGAGCUUCCAUUAUUGUUUUGUGUGAGAUUUUGCUGAAUCUGGUGUAAUAAACGGAAUGUCUGGUGUAAUAAACUGAGCGGGCCUCACAUUAAAAACGCCUUGAUGGGCACACAGGGUAUUUCAGAAUAUUGUGUUUUGGACCAUCGCAUAGGAAAACGGCACAAGUGUACCCCCUUGUGGUUGCUAUGGUAAAUUGUACGGCUGGUUCUAAAAUGUAUGUUCUGUGAAUGAAAAUAUGAAGCUAAAUUAAUAUGAGAUGCGGUUUUAAAAAAUGCAGCUUUUAUCUUCUUGCAGAAGCGUGUUAAUGUUACUUUGGCCAACAGGUUCAAUGGUCCAUCUUCUUGAAAGAAUAGUGACAUGUUGUUAUCUGAAACUACAGUCACGCUACGUUAAGACAUCUUUGUUUUUUUAGUGAACUGGUGAAUUAUUCGUUGUCUGAGAAUGCCUUAAUGGUUUUCAGAAAAGGCCUGAUGAAAACAUAAUUUCUUUGUAUUUGUCCAAAAUCCUUUAUGAAACUUUUUUUUUUUGUAAUUUCUUUUUAAUUGCAAUGAAAUUUGUCUAUUGAAGGAGUGUCUUGUUUUUCUAUGCGUGUCUUCAGGAUCAGAUGUUCCUUCCAAAUGGUUAACUUAUGAUAGUUUAUUUAAAAGUUAACUAUAUAGUUAACUGUUAUAACUAAUAGUUAAUCAGACCAGCUAUAAGUGAAUGAAAUAUUUGAAUCAUUUAUGUUUUGAUUUAUUUUUUGCUAGCCGAGUUUUUUUUUCUUCUGGUUGUUUCAAUGUGUUUCAAUUGUCUGUGACUCUUUGUGAAAGUACUCAACUCUCAUCUUUUGAGGUUGAUCUGAAAUUGGACCUUGUAUAUAUUCCAGAUUUAGUGUUGAACAUAACAUUACUGUUUCCCGCAGACAAUUCCUUGUUUUCACUCUGCAGCGGCCGGGUUUCUUUUCAGGGUUGCAUUGCUUUUCUCUUGAACAUGCCAUGUUUUUGCAUAUGAAGAUUUGAUUCUGGUCAGUGCCUUACGGGGUUUAUGUUCUGCAUUGAUGUGUAUUUGAAGUCUGUUACACCCACACUGUGUGUGGAUUGCAACUUUUUGUCCCCUAUCUGCAUUUUCUAUACCUUGCUGGUUAAACUAGUCAGGGUAAUAGACCGUAUUCUCUUGAUGAAUUUCCUCAUCUCGCUUUUGGGGAUCUUAUUCCUAUUUCAAAAGAACGUAAAUAUAUAGAGAUAUGGUUUGAAGUCAUAUGAGAUUCAUUGAAAGCGGUCUGUCUUAGUGGUCAGUAACACUGCACUUAUCCAUAUACAGUUACCAGAUGAUGUGUGGAUCUCUAAAAAUAAAUCAAUUCACAUGUUAGCAGAUUUCAGAGGUUGAUAACUGUUUGAUGACCCAAAGUAUUUUAUUUUGUUCUUAAAUUGGGAUAAAUGAAUAAACUUAUUUAUGUAACAGCA